UGUUCUGGACACUCUGUUUCAUUACUUGUUAUGUUACAAGAGCAUCAUUGAUACCAAGCUCUACCACACUGCACGUAUUGUCAAAUACCCCCGCAACCAGUACUGGUUCAACUCUGCCUGUCGCCACUAGUACUCUGCGUUUCAGUUUCCAAACUACAUCUCAGACUCUCACAAUAUCAGCAAGUUACAAUAUACUACCUCUGACUUCUUCCACAGUUCCUUCAACACUGCAUCCAUCUUCAUUGUUCAGUGAUAAUCGUGCCUUGUAUCACUCUUCAUUCACAUCUGUGUUUCAAAAGUGGAACACAGAACUUGUCAUGAAUGGUAGCAGCACGACAACAGUGCCAUCCUUCAAUUAUGCAUCAGUGGUACAAAUCAAGCCUACACCAAGCUACACACCAACACUGAUACCCACUGCUACAGCACAAGUAAAGUGGGAAUUGAGAGUGUUCCUGGUUGUAUUUCCCAUAGCAUCAUCUACAUCUAUUGAUUUCUUAGAUGAUGUAGAGUACAUGCUAGAGAAACGUCUAAUGGAGAUCAUCAGUGCAACAUGGAGCAAUAAAGCCAUUGUGUAUGAUGUGACAUUUUACAAGAAAACUGAAACAGAAAUCAAAUUUCAAUUUAAAGUAAGGGCAAUCACCUUGGAGACAGUCAACAAGGCAUUUGUUACUUUGCAGUCUCAGAAGCAGAACAUUACUAUCAACACUGGAAACAAUCAGGUAUAUGCUUCUGUCCUGUCCCCUCUUGAAGACAGCACAGCAACGCAAAGUCCUUCUAAUGAUAAAAUCUGGGGACUAUUUGAUUGGCCUGAACUCCUGUCCAUCAGCCUAGGAAUCGUAAUUACAUUAAUUGUGCUCACUUGGAUCACAUAUGCCUGUUGGCAGUCAAAGAAGAAGAAGAGAUUAAGAGACAGCAAGAAUAGGCAGCAAGAGCUGAAUACAGCCUGGGAAUUAAACCGAAAUCCUAGUCGACAUGCUGCUCAGUGGUCAGAAUGGGAGCCUGUACACAAGGAAACAAAUCCCUCAACAGACCAACGAAUAGAUGAUAUUUGGGUACCUGGUCAGCCUCGAAGUCCACACAGACAGCUUUCUCUCUAUGUGGAUGAAAACUUUGCAUCUCAAAAUUCAAGGAAAUCACCCAAUUCAGCAAAAUUUUCCAAACGAAAAACAUCUAAUCAGAGUAGCCAAAUAUCAAGAAAAGGAAACAGAGAUAAUCGUCAAGAGGAACUUCAAGGCCUAGAUUGCAGUGAAUCCUCCAACAGCAGUAAUAUACAGCAGAAAUAUAACAAUGCAAUGGGAUGGCCAUGGAAACCAAUCAGAGGUUUAACUCAUAAUAAAAUCAGUAGCUCAUCCCUAAAUACUGCAACAAACACGGAAGAUACAAUGAAAGUGUGGCACGAUAACGGAUGGAGUCAACUGCAAGACUUACACACCUAAUCUAAACUGAACACUAAAAACUUUCUUAACUCUCUUAGUCAUUAGAUUAAUGAGA